GAUAGGAAGUCAGUUGUGGUGAGAUCGUACAAUGGGAUACAUGAUGGAUGUGUUUUGCUGUCUCUCCACAAGUGGUUUACCUACAAAUAUAUUGCAAAAAAGUACUUGUUGAGGUUUGAAAUUGAUCCAAAAUGGGGGAAUGAUUCCAUAGUGCAAACUUGCGAAGAAGACUUUCACUAUACUACGUCUAGAUGGACAGCAAAAAGGGCACGAGAGUGUGCAUUGGAGCUGAUAAGAGGUAAGGCAGAAGAUCAGUAUGCACGGCUCCGUGACUAUUGCGCUGAGGUGUAUCGAACCCAUCCAGGUUCGAGCAUAUAUGUGGACACGGAGGAGAAUAUUUUCCGUAGAAUGUCCUGCUGCUUCGCUGCUUGUAAAGAAGGAUUUGCAGCCGGAUGUAGGAAGAUCAUCUUCCUUGAUGGUUGCUUCCUGAAGACGCUUCACGGAGGCCAAUUACUUUCAGCUAUUGGCAUUGAUGCUAACAAUGUAAUUUUCCCUAUUGCAUACGCCAUGGUGGGGGUGGAGAAUGAAGAAAAUUGGAAAUGGUUUUUGUCUCAUGUACUCAGUGACAUAAAAGUUCCAGAAGUUUGUGAAGGGUGGACAUUUAUGUCAGAUAAAUAA